GCCCCGCCCCGGGCCCGCCCCCCGGGCUGGGGGAGCCGUUGCAGCUGCUGCUCUAGUAAUCUCGCCGCUUGCAGCCUGCAGCCGGCGCGGAGCGGGGGAGUGCCCGGUAGCCGUCCCGGCCCGCUGAAAGUCACCAUGCCCUCCACCUCUGCCUCGGGCUCUGCCGGCCUCCCCGCACCCGACUACUGGAUCGACGGCUCUAACAAGGACACCCUGACCCACUACUUCGAUCUGGAGUCCGAGCUGGGACGUGGGGCUACAUCCAUUGUCUACAGAUGCAGGCAGAAAGGGACCCAGAAACAUUACGCCAUCAAAAAGUUGAAGAAGACAAUAGACAAGAAAAUUGUCCGCACGGAAAUUGGAGUCCUUCUUCGCCUUUCACAUCCCAACAUUAUAAAACUGAAGGAGAUAUUUGAGACCCCUACAGAUAUCAGCCUUGUUCUGGAAUUGGUCACAGGUGGAGAACUAUUCGACAGGAUUGUGGAAAAAGGUUAUUACAGUGAACGAGAUGCUGCUGAUGCUGUUAAACAGAUACUGGAGGCGGUUGCAUACCUGCAUGCGAAUGGGAUUGUGCAUCGUGAUUUGAAGCCAGAAAAUCUGCUCUAUGCAACACCAGCACCAGAUGCACCAUUGAAAAUAGCUGAUUUUGGACUUUCCAAGAUUGUGGAAGAUCAGGUGACCAUGAAGACAGUUUGUGGAACUCCAGGGUACUGUGCACCAGAGAUACUACGAGGAUGUGCCUAUGGCCCUGAAGUGGACAUGUGGUCUCUAGGGAUCAUCACCUACAUUCUACUAUGUGGCUUUGAACCAUUUUAUGAUGAAAGGGGAGAUCAGUACAUAUAUAAGAGAACCCUGAACUGUGAAUAUGACUUUGUGUCCCCCUGGUGGGAUGACGUUUCUCUGAAUGCGAAGGACUUAGUUAAAAAGUUAAUUGUCUUAGAUCCCAAGAAACGCCUCACCACUCUACAGGCUUUGCAGCAUCCAUGGGUCACAGGAAAAGCGGCAAAUUUUGCACACAUGGACAACGCACAAAAGAAGCUUCAAGAAUUCAAUGCCCGGCGUAAACUUAAGCCACAUACUUCAGAUAGCCUUCUAAAUCUGAACAGGAGGUAUCUAGAUGAAGUUUUGCUGAAGAACAAGCAGCAUGAUAUUCCCAGGACCGUGAUGCUGUGGCUACGACAGCUGUGAUUCUGUAGCUGUAAUGCUGGCAGAUUAUAUCCUUUAUGGAAUGCUUGUUUGAUCCUGUCUUCCUCAGGCUGCAGUAAAAGCUGUUGUGGCAUCAACUCGUCUUGGCAGCGCCAGCAGUCACAGCGCUCAUGACAGCAACAAGCCCAGCUGUAGUGCAUCUCCUGUCCGUGACAGCAAGCCUGAAGAGAAAUCUACUCAGGAAGCAGGAGAAGCUCCAGAAGAAAUGUCUUAGGUCAAUGCGCUCCCUUGUUACACCUGAGAUCUGUCAUUUCAUACACCAGCUAUCUUGUCAUUUCAGCAGGACAGAUUCGUAAGCUUGGCCUCUCUGGUUCUGCUUUGGGGUGCCAAAUGCACUGCUGGUGAUUCUACCUUCAAUGCAUGUGACUACUUAUGAAAAUAAUAAACUGUUCCAUAAGGCAUGUCAAGGAAACCGUGUCAUUUGCAGUAAUGCUGGCAGGCAAAAAUAUGGGGAUGAAUAACUACCUACCAUGAUGCGUAUAUUUCAUAUACAUCUAUACAGUGUUUCUAGAUGUUGUUUGAAACAAAUGCUAUUUAAUUCAGUUUAUGGAAGUAAGUGUCUUCUGUAUGUCAUGAUUUUCUUUGAACUGCUUCCUUCCACGUUCAUAAUCCUGUAGUAGACAAAAUGGAAGGAAAUACCAAACCAGUGCUUUUAAAAAUGUUGUAUGAAAUAAUGCUUUUUACCUGUAAAAUUUAAAAAGUAUUUGGGGAUUUAUAUGGAAGAAACAUUCCACUAUUUCUGGGAACAAACUGAAAUAUUAGUUCUGCUGGGCAUGAAAAUGUACGUUCCUCAAGCUUCUGUUGAGAAUGCCUUACUCUGAAUUUUCUUGUUUAUAUACAACACAUUAAUGACAACCAAAAUUACUCAGCUUCCUGCUAUUUCAUUCUCUAGCAAAGCGCUAGCCAAAAAAAAAAAAAAAGACAGAGAAAUAGGGGAUUAAAGUAGAUGCAAAUUUUUGGAAUACUGUUGCAUUUAUUUGUGACUUUCUAAACUGUGUAGCUAGAAACAUUUUUAUAGGGCCUUUGAGAAUAAUCUUCAAUUGUACAAGUUUUAAAUGCUUGAAGGAAGCUAUUCCACAAUGUAGUGAUUUUGCUCUGGGGAACCACUCUGGGAGACAGUUAGUGUAAUCUGCCUGCUUCCUAGAGAAUUUAAAAUCACAAGCAACCAGUUUCCACUUGUCAGUGCAAUUAGUCUAAAUUUUCCUGAGAAAGGACCUCUCAUGCAAAAUGCUUCGCAAGCACAGAUUGUUCAUCCGCCUAGAGCUCCUGUGUAUGAAGCUACAAGCUGUGUGCAUGCAGUAGCUUGCAAAAUUAGUAUCGGUCUCUUCAGCUGUCUUGAUCUUUGUUUGAAUGUGAUCAGUAGGAAUUGAGAAACUACCAAGCAUCAGUAUUUAUGACUGUUUACAUUUCUUUGAUAUCACUUUGAUAGCAUGGGGAUUUCAUGUUAUUGCUAUAUUACAGAAGUGGCUAAAAGAACCUGAUGUACAACACUGUCAUUUGUGUUUAUUAAACUUUCUGAUACUGAUAGUGACCUACGUCCCUUAUAUACUCAAGAUUCCUCUAUUUUAAGGUAGGCCUUGCACAACUUGCCUUCAGAAGAUAGACCAGCUGCUGAAAGUCACUGAUAAAACAUUCAGUAGCUACGUUUCCUGAAGAAGUUAAAAUAAAAGGUAAUAGGACAUUACUCAUGGCAGAUGCGCUACAUAAAAUGUAAUCUAGAUUACUACAAGAAGGAGUACUUUGCUUGCUCAGUAAAGUGAAUGCUAACGAACAUAUUGUUCUGGAUAUGAUUUACCCAUUUCUUAAACCCACUGAGUUUGUGCUAAGUAUGGUUCAAAUUUGAAAUAUGUGUGUCUGUCUCUUCUGGGGGGAUAUACUUUGAGGUGAUUUGGUACUGUCAGCUGGAAGAACGGGUGGGAAGGUGGCUGUUAAAGGGGAGCUGAGGGUUCUGCCUGAUUUUAUUGUAAUGACUGUGAGCAGGCCAACAAGACCCACUUACAGAUUCACAUUUGGAGGAAAAUUCUUUAGGAAUAACCACUUUGAAGAAGGAGAUAGGCACAUCCACUUGUCUUGCCUUUUACUAUCUUUCUUAUCUUCUACCAAGGGGCACCAGAACUAAUGCAUUUCGCAGCCAAAGGUUUUCUCUCUCACUGCGACGGAGGCAUCUGAGUUCGUUGAGAUUCCGGUUACAUUUCCUCCUCCAGUGGUGAUAUUUGCUUCUGAUCUGAGGAAGUGGAACCGGUGGCACAGUCACUGCACAUUUGUGACCGCUUGAGCGGGAAUAUAUUCUUCUAAAACAUGGUGUGUCUGAGAUGAAAAGUAUUAUAGUCUUAGCUGAAUCUUAAAUCUGCUUGUUGUUAAAUUAUAACGUAGCACGUCAUAAAUAAGAACCAACACCAUGGAACUAGAGACUGCUCCAUGACAGCGUGAUCUCAGAUGCAGCUCAGCCUUGUACAUAAAGACUCUGAGGUUUAAAAUGCUUUUGCUUGGUUGGCUUUCAUUAUCUUAAGUGUAAAACAAUCAGAGUGUCUGUGCUGGAGGAAUUACCAAUAUGUGGCCCAGUAAAAUAUUAUGCCUUGUUUGUCAGUACUGUGCAGAAGGAACAGCAGCACUAGGGUGUAUGCACUUGCAUGAGGAGAGGAACAUUAUGUGCAUUGUUUUUGUCUAGAAAAUCACACCUCGUAAUUCAGACUUGGGAGUGGAGCACAACACUUGUGUCUUACGGUGGAUAAAAAACAGGAACACACCCAGAAGAGACUGGAGGCAGGCCAGUUCCACAUGUAUAGUUAAAAACUAGGUAGAAAAUUACUGAUGUUCUUCCCUAUUGAAACUCUUAAGAUUUAGAUUUUUGAAACAUUCAGCAUAUCAUCAGAGUUCUUCUGGUACAAAAGGGGGAACAUUGCCAUCUUUCUGAAGCAUUUGAACUUAGCAAAAGUUUUCCUCCAGAUGUGGAUUCUAUUAGCCAUUUAAAAGCUAAAAUUUGAGAGCUAGACUGUGAAUCCAGUCUCUGUUUAACAGCCAGAGAUUUCCUGCCUUUACCCUCAAGAGGAUUUUUUACAAGUUUGGAAGAAUUCACUCUGAAACACUAGCAGAUUUUUAUCAUAUUGAACACUUAUUUUGCUGAUGGCAGAUUGCACCGCAUCAGCCCAGUGCUGUCAUUUUAGCUGGCAUUUCUCUGUGGCUUUUUGCAAGCAUGCUGUAAGAUGCAGGCUCACCACAGUCAAAGUUCUGAAUGCAAAAGGCCCUAAGAGCAGAAGGUUGAUACAUCGUGCUUCAGUCCCUGAUGGUGAGCUGGUUGUUGGGCAUGAGAAAGGAAACUGACAAACACUGCAGAGCAACUCCUUUGUGAGGAUUUGUGCCUUGGUGGAUAGAGUGAAAUGCUGUAGAAAGCCAUGUGGUGUUAGGGUGAAUACAGCAACCAAAAAGGUUUUGAAAGGGUGUCAGGCUGCAGAGAGCAAUCCCAGGCUGGAGGGGUCUACAGCCCAGCUCUUGCUGAGUGACAGUCUCUCUCCUGCUGUUUUGUUGCAGUGAAGCAUCCACCAGGAAACAAGGACACCACCACGGUUCCUACAGGAAGAGGAAUGAAGGUGCUCAGAGUUGUCAGUGCCCAGCUCAGCAGGCAGAUAGCAGUAUUUGCUAAGCAGCAAAUACAGGAGGGCUCUGGAAAAUAAGCACCAAUUUCCAAAUGUGUGGCAGCUAUUUCUCAGCUUCCACGUAUGUCCAUAUCAUGCUAUUAGCAAGACUCAUGCUAUGCAGUUCUGUUUUUCUAAGAGAAGUACACAAAGGUAUGGGGUUCAGGGUUCUGCAGAUCUUUGUGUAGUGCCCCACGUAUUGCCUGCUUCCAGUCUGACAGGCAUGCACAAGUCUCAGCAUAGUGCUCCAGCUCCUGGUUUGUGCAGGGGUUAUGUGUUUUUCUUGGUAAAUAAUUUGGUUCUCUGCAGUUGACUUGUAGCUGCUGAGGCUAUUGGCAUAUAGCUUAUAUAAGUGUGGUAUUCAAGUAACAGAAGUAUCUGCACCAGGCAGGGUGAACAGUGGCAGCUAGAGCAGUGGCAGUGAUACAAGCAAGUCCUAAAGAUACCAAAGGUAACCCAAGAGGCAGCCCAGAACUUCCUUAAAGUGACUUCACAGUACAGUAAUAGCUCAGAAAAUGUCCUUCCCCCCCUUUCAGAAUAAUUCUAGUUAGAACAUACAACCACAGUGGGAAAAGGUAAUUCUGCUUUUGUAUAAAGAAAUUUGGUUUCCCUGAUAAGGCCCUGCAUAAUGCAGCAUUGUAUAGAACAGAAUUCAUCAGCUGUGUUGAAACAUAAGAGAGAUGUGAUAAGGAGCUUAGAGGAGUGAAAUUGGAAUGAAAUAACUACCUAGUCUAGAAUUUAAGGAUGUUGAUUUCAGGACAUGUAAACAUUUGUGUGGACGAGACUGUAUGUUCUCCGCAUAACCAAAAUUUUGCUUUAUGUCUGGGAUUUAAAACUUUGGCCAGAGUAAUUCAGUGAGUAUUGUUGGAGGGCCAGUACAAACAUGAGCUCUUGCACUGUGAAUCCUCUAACAUAGGGAUGUGACAAUGGGCACAUAUAUGAUUAAAAAUCUAGUAAAGGCAACAAAAACAAAAAACUACAUUGGAUGCUCUUCAUCCCCACCAGCCUGGAACACAAAACAAAAGCACUUUAUUGGAAGGCAUGUUGUGGAGGUAGGCAUAAGUGCAGAAGCAGGAACUAUAAAAUAGAGUGCACCAAUUCUGGACGUAUCAAUAAAAUUAACUUUAUAGAUAUACGUAUAAUUAUAUAAAAGUACACACGCAUAUUUAAAUUUAUUGAAAGCCACAACAGCUGCAAUAACUUUUUGAGCUGUCUUCUGCCAUUUGCCAGCAUUACUCAGCUGGAACUGAAACCUUAGUGUUUCAACAUUCCUGUAUACAUGGAUCACAUCUGGAUGAAAUUCAGUGUCAGGGGCAUCACGGUAUGAAAGAUUAAUGAAUACAGUGAAACAGCUUUCCGCAGCUCUGGCUCCUUCCUACCAAGACACAGCUGGAAAAAAACACUGCUGUGCCCUCUUCCCUUCAUGUGCUGUGGACAUGACUGGAGCAGGCUGACAACACCAGCACAGCACUGUGAGGUGGUGAGAGUUGCCACAGUGUGUAUGAGCAGGAGAUGAGUCCAGCCCUUUAUCUGUACACCAGGAGGAUGUUUGUUGGCCAAGCAGCUUUAAACACGACGUGUUUGCUCCUAUUAAAUACAGUAGAGGCACUCCCAUAAUAGAAAGUAGUAGCUGCUUUUUUGUUGUUGCUGUUGUUUGCCUGACGUACUGCAGCACUGCAGCAUUAUAUGAUAGUACACAGAGAGUGAAGCUAUGUGUUUCCGUGUGGAGCUCCAGCUCCAAGAACAGCUGCCAGCACACACUCAAGGCCAGAGGCCUGCUUUUCUCCUGCCGUAUGCCCCAUCCUGUGUCCUGGCCCGCAGCCCAGGAAGGGCUGCCAUUUGCUGGAUGGGAGGAGCCACCCACACCUGUUAGGCUCCAGGUGCUCUGACAGACCUGCAUCACCCUGGGGCAUUGAGGAGCUCACGCCUCCUCCUUAGACUGGUUUUGCUCCAAAAGUCUGGGUAGUGCUCAAGUAUAAACAUAUUGCCUGUAGGAGUGCACUUGGCUGAUCUCUUAUCACUAGUUAGUGUCCAGGUGGGUGUGGGUGGGUUAUCUCCUUUCCUCCCCAUUUCCUAGAAUCACACAGUUUUCUGGCACCUUUCAUUUCCUUUCUCAAGACCAUGUAGCUGGGUGACAGAAGUAGCACAAAGCUGUGCAACAAAUGCCAGAACCAGAAGAUAAUUCAGCACCUUGUGUUAGUUUUAGACAGAAAAGGAAAGCACCUGGGCUGUCUCAGGUGCUUGGGCUAUGCCAGAGUAGGGCAUGAGAGGCUCAGAGUGGGGUGAGGUGAGAAGAGUACCAUGCAGGUCCUGCUCCUCAACACCAGGGGCUGCUACGUCAACUGUGUCUUCUUUCUGUGAAGAUGUAAGUUCAGUCACCCCAAAGAAAUGCUGGGCUCAGGAACCCUGAAAGAUGUCAUGUGUGCUAUAUAUGACCAAAGAUGUUCUUAAUACCAACUGAUGUAAUAGAACACUUAUUUUUGCAGCAUUGCCACUUAGAGCAUUGGCAGAAGAUGCAGCAAAGUCUGUUCAUAAUAAUUUGUCCCUAUCGUUGUCUGGAGCUGUGAACAAUUAUCUACUUUAUAAUAUAGCACUGUGGAAUCAAUCAUUGCACCUACAUAUCUACACAUAGGGAAAGUCAGUCAAAUAGAAAAAUGACUGUAGUCCUUAUCCCUAUUCUGGGCAGGUAUGAGAUGGUGCUCCUAAAUGAAAUUAGUGUCUAUUAGACUUCAGGCAGUUACUGGGUAAUGCAAAAGGCAAGGCAAGCCCUCAGGUGCGGUUUAUAGCUAUGUAUGGCAUGCAAUCUCCAGAGACAAUAUUCUCCAGUAGCCACUGUGCCAUAUUCAUUUGUCCACAGAACCAUGCAUAGAGUACUGCUUUAUCAGUCCAGCCCUUAGUAUCAUCUCUCCCAUAUCCUUUAGAGCUAAUUCCGCUGAUAAUAAAGCUCCUGCGUAAUGUAAAUUAAUGGUACACAAAGCUAGCCACAUCUCUCUGACACUGCAGCCCCUAGGAAUGCUGCCUUCAUCCCCUUUCAAAGCAAUAGCGCUGAGCACAUCAGCUGUGACAAGGCCAUGCAGUUAUAAUCCUGCACAGGAAUUCUUUCUCUUCCUCCUGGGCAGGACAGAGGAGCUCUAGAUUUUGCAAAUGUCCAGUGACUGACUUCCCAGUUUUAGCCAUAUUUAGCUAGCAAAACUGGGUAUAUGAAGAGUGAACUGCAAAAGUCCAUGGUUGUUGAAGUGCUGUCUAUCUGACACAUUGCUAUUAAGGUCCGUCUUCUGCUUGAUGUUAACGGAAAUGAUUUUAAUCAAUUGGCUCCAUCACGGCAGUAAAGGCAAUCAUGGGAUGAUGUCUUAGCAGAUGGAUACAGAAUGUACAAACCACAGAACCAUCCAAAUAUCAUCUCAAAGAAGUCGUAUAGUAAUGCGAGAAAUUGUAAUUCCCAUACCUGCUAGAACCAAAGUAUCUAGGAAAAACAAUAACCAAAAGUCAUAACAUAAUUUUGUUAUUUACAAGUGCUAACUUUACAUAAACCAAUACAACAACCACCACAGAUCCCUAAGCACUGCCAAACAAUAAACUCCUGCAACAGGAACACCAGAGGAUUUUGCUAUGGUGCACAUCAAAUAGAGCUCUAGAGCUCCUCCUCAGCUUUCUCUGAACAACAAAAAUGGGGCACAGUGUCUCUAAGUCCUUUUUCCAGGUUCUCAGGUUCCCUUGUUUCUAUCCCCUUUUCAGCCCUCAUAAUCAGUUGUGCUUAUGAAAGUUGAACAAAGAAAUCAUUUAGGUGGAAAAUUCUCACCACUGACCCCACUGUUCAUUUAUUAGAAACCAAAGCUGCUCUAUUUAUAUUAUUAAUGCAUCUCCCAGUCCUUCCCUUGGCUUGCUAUGGAUGUGUCUUCCUCAGAGCUGUGUUGUUACUCCAAAAGCCAGCUUUGUUGAGAAACAUUCAUGGAACUAAGCAGAAUGGACAGUGUGCAUAUGCAUUUUUAGAAAAUAUGUAUCUCUGUAGUGCUGUCCUCCCAGAAACUGGCCUGGGUAACAACAGGGCCUGGAGAACAGCAGGGCCCAGGGAACCUAAAGAGCACUGCAGGAGGUCCCAGGUGGGCACUGCCACCAUACUGCCCUCACUGCAGAGGUGGGCACCUCGAUCGCUGUGCUCAGAUCUUCACCAGCCUGGCUGCAAGAGGAUGGUGACUUUUACUGAGAUUAAUUCCAAACAAGAGCUUGCUGCUGUGAGCAAACCCCAGCUUGGUGCCAUUAUGCACAACAGGAGCCAUUUCUUUAUUCACACCACACACUCCUCAUGAGAAAUCAUACUAGUGCUCCUGAUUAAAGAGCAGAAAUUUCAUUUAAUAUUCCAAAGGGGACUUAGGGGAACUUUCUUCAUUCCCUCUCUCUCUCUAUUUUCUUUUGGCAGAAGAAGCAGUGUUAAGAGACCUAUGCCAGUGAGAAAGUGAACUCUGAAGUGAUUAGGAGGAAGAUGGGAAUGGGGAGGGUAUGAAAUCUGGCCCUUAGGAUUAAGAUAAAUAAGACAAUCUUUAAGAAUAGCAAGGGUGGCUGAGUCAGUCUGGGGGUAGAAGGAAGAAAGAGACUUCCUUACUGGGAGGAAGAAGUGCAUUAAUCUCACAGAGCUGUGCUGGGAUGUCCUUGCAAGCUUAGGAGGCACUGAACAGAGUACAGUUAUCUGCUACAGAUCCCUGCAGAGGAACCCUUAGCCAAGUCACUCACCAGCUUAAGCUGUUCUUUUCCUGAGGGGAUACAGUAUGUGAAGGCCUAGUACCUGACUUGGCCUUGGUUGGCUCUUGAUGGCUCCCAUCCCUGAGGCUGGGUGUGUGAAGCUUUGAGCUCAUGCUAAUUUAAGCUGCACGGGUAAAGGACAUGCUGCUAAGACAAGCAGGCUAACAACGCUAUUGACUUGUCACACUGAGUACUUUAUAAGCCUGUUGCAGAAGUUCACUGGUUUCAGAGCAAUGGUGGCUGGAUUCCUAAGAAUAAUAUUGGAAAAUGUCAUCUAGGUAUUGACUUGCUCAAAUUAGCUCCAUGUCCUAUGUACCUGACUCCUGCUUUUACUACUUUAUGUCUAAGAACACCUGCACUAUCAACACUGAUUGCUUGUACUAGCACAGGCCUAAGUGACUGAACAGAAAUUCAUGGACUGCUUUUUGGUGGUGCACAUUUACUUCACACUAAGCCUGUUCGUGUAGUAACUUUCUGAUACUCUGUAAAUGAACCAGAGAGAACCUGGACAAUUUUGUUGUAUAAGUGUGUUGUAUUUGGGACCAAUAUACCUGCUUGUGUGCUUGUAUGGAAAUGCCAAUAUGACACUAGAAUGUGCUUAUAUGGUGGGAAGUCUGUUCUUAAUAAUUGACUUGCAUGACUGAUCUGGUGCUAAAUAAACCAGUUCAUCUAGAAA